AUGGCGAACCUCUGCUGUGAGUACAAGACGUCUCGUCGAGGACUUCUCGUUCUCAACAUGUUGAUACUCUUGUUCUCUUUCAUCUUCAUUGGUGUUGGUGCGGUUUCCUUGACCUACGCCAACAGUUUUGGAACUUCCGUGAAUGAUUACUGCAAGAGUCAGUGUGUGAAAGAUCCUGAGACUGCAGUUGUCUUCGCCUCACCUGCGAUCGGAUUGGUGGUCGUCGGGGUUUUCACAUUCUUCAUUUCGAUCCUUGGCUGUGUGGGAGCGAUCAGAGAGCGACCGAUGAUUCUCUACUUGUAUAUUUGCCUCGUGCUUCUUAUGAUCAUCCUUCAGAUUGGAUUCGGUGCAGCUGCAGCUGCGAUUUCCAGCGGCAAUUCUGCCCAGAUCCAGGGACCUGUGCUGGGCGUCUUGAGAGAUCAUUACACUGAAUUCGACUGGAAGGCUUUGGAUGUAUUAAUUCCACCUGCUUGCUAUGAAGGCCAAACGACAGACAACUCAAACAUCACCUACAACAUUCCACUUUGCAGCUUUGAUACUGGGUGCGUUCGCACAUCGACAGCCACUGCUGCACAGACGAGCUGUUGUACGGGCGACUACGCUUGUGACACGUCCAAGUCCACUUGUAUCACAGGAAAGGAAUGUGUGAUGAACUUCCUCAACAAGGCCGGUGCACCGGUUGCUGUUGUCUGCUUCUUGCCCAUUGUGCUGGAGAUUGCUGCCAUCGUGUUUGCCUGCAUUAUCCGAACAGGAAGGCCAACCAACUUCAAAUCUACCGUCUAG